CAUUUCCCCUCUUCUCCCCGAUUUUGCCGCUCCUGCAGAACAGGUGACACCGGCGGCGAUCCGAGGCACGCCGGCUAUGGCGGUGCGGCAGCCCCGUUCGUCGGAGCAGCGUGCCUGGCUCAAGGCCUCACGCUCCUCCACCGAACGGUGCUAGCCGUGUCAACCUCAUGGUGCGCAGGGAGCUAGUCCGUGCCGGCGACGCGCACGAGGCGCUCGACGGCGAGGCAGGGAGGCGACCGCCGGCGCCUGAUCUCUGGUAGUCGAUGACGACGACGUGCGCGGCAUAGGGGCCGCGCAACGUUCGCGUCCAUAAGGCGUCACCGCCGGCCAUUUCUUUCCGCGCGUCGUCCCGUGAGAUAGCGGCGUCGCCGGUGUUGGGAUCCCGAAGGAGAGCACCGGCACGGCGUCAUUAGGAAUCAGCAGGAGAUAGCCCAUGCCUGCACCUUGGGGUCUCCGGCAGUGAAGACAUGCCCGGGGAAGAAGGACAGCACCACCUGGGUGACGUAGAUGGCAGCAGGCGCUUGUGGAGAUGCAGCAGCUGGUCCAGGAGCCUCGCUGGUGGCAGCAGGAAACCGCCGGCACUGCGAUCAAGGGCGCAAUCGUGAGAGGGUGGAGACUUUGUCUCCCUUAUUUUUCUCUUGGUUUGUUUACCGUGAGAUCAAUUCCAACACGGUGAUGUUCUGGAGGCCGACCUCCUCCUGCCCGCAGGAUCCUGUGGCCUGGAAGACCCUCGGGGCAAAGCUCGGGAAGGUUCAGCGGGAUCAGGAGAGGCUGCUCGACCGCUACGACACGCUGGACGCGCUUGCGCGUCAACUCCGCCUCAAGAUCGCCGCCCGCCGCGGCCAGGGCGGCCGCAGUGCCGCAGCCAGACAUGUCACAUCCACGGGAAUUUCUGAUUCGUUAGACUCCGAUUCUGAAUCCGGGAUGUUCUUGCUUGGCCGCGCCUGUUAGAUAGAUUGCAGCUUCUGAGACCGCUUUAGAUUUUCUUGUGCAAAUGUUAGAACCUUGGAUACCACAGUAGUGUAAAGCAAACACGCUUGUAAAAUUCAGUAUCGUGCUAUGGCUUGUCAGAAACAUACAACAUACAAGAAGCCAUUUCCUACAUUCAGAAACUUCAGCAACAUAUUCCGUUUGA